CAGGCUACUUGAAACUGUCAGAUUGAUACUAUAAGAACGUUUAACUCUACCCAUAUGUUUAUAAUAUUGUAGAACUUCAACAUCAGAAGAAGCAGCCAUGGCAUUCUCCACAGGACUUUUCUGUUUUACUCUUGCGUUCAUUGUCUACGUUCAAUGUGUCCCGAUGGGUCUACCAGACGUAGACUCUGAGACAGUCGAGAAGGGCUACAAACUUGUAUCUCUAUACAACACGACCUCCUCCUACUACAACGGCUCUGACCUGGUAAACCCUCUGUACAAAACUGUACUGAGAGUCGCAACAUACAGUAAUUCCGAACACAACUUGACUGACGUCACUUAUGCCAUGAAGGACAAGGUCUCAGCUCUACCAUCUGCUCCCCAGUAUGUACCAGGGGGUGUCGCAGACAGCAACGGAAAAGGGUUUGUCUUGAUUUCCUAUCACAACGAAUCACUAUUCAUAGAGACCGGGCCCAGGCCAGUAGUUGAUUCUAUCACUCAACUGGAGUACGAAGUUUGGGCACGCCAGUGAAGACUCUUCUUUUAUGAUGAAUAAUUUCAGAAAUUAAAACUUAAAAUACUA